AUUAACUCCCAGAGAAAAAAAAAGGAAGGAAAUGUAUUUGUUCUUUCAAAAACCACGACUCGGAUAAAAACAAACAAAAUGGAACUCACCGAUUCGAACGAUUCAAAGCCCGAGACUCGUUCACCUCUCGGCAUCGAUCUAAACGAGAUCCCUUCUUCUUCUUUUAACGAAACCCUACCUGACUCUGACUCAGCCGAACCCGAUUCGUUUUCCAUCGUUCGGGCUAUCCACGAGAAUCCCGACCCGGCCCUAGGUGAACCCGCGGGGGUUCCGGUAGGGAAAGAAGAGGAGCCGUGUGGCGCAUGUGGGACGGCAGCGGCGGCGGGAGGAGGACUAGUGGUGGUUUGUGACGGCUGUGAGCGAGGGUUUCAUCUCGCAUGCGCUGGGAUUUCCGGAAGGUUGUCUGCGGCGGAGGAGUGGGUGUGUGCAGAGUGCGUCAGCCGCGGCGUAAGGAGUAAGCGGUGGCCGCUUGGGUUGAAGGCGAAGAAGCGGAUUCUUGAUAUCAAUGCUUCGCCGCCGAGUGAUGGUGACGGUGACGGUGAGGAGGUGCAGGAGUUAUUGAGAAAGCACAUACCGGGUGACAAUUCUUUUGUUGGCAAUGGGUUUGGUGCCCCAUUGAAAUAUUCGAAUUUCUUGUAUGCGGGUAAUGGAUUUGGCUUUCAAAAAGCUUCUGGGAUUAUGACACAUGCUGUCAAAGUGGGUUUUGAAGAUAUAUUGUGUCAUACGCGAACAAGAGAUAGAAGUUUUGAUGAGGUAGAUUUGGGUUUUCCAUUAGGAAGGCUGAGGAGUAGUAAUAAUACAACCAUUAGAUUUCCAUCUCGGAAUACGAGUGAUAUAUUUUUGCAGGAUCUUAGAGAAUUUGUUUCAGAAAGACAUGGUGUCCUGGAGGAAGGCUGGCGUGUGGAACUAAAACAUUCAAUGAGCAGCUGUGAACUAUAUGCAGUUUAUUGCGCCCCUGAUGGGAAGACAUUUGAUUCAAUGUUCGAUGUUGCUUGUUAUCUUGGAUUGAUGUCGAACUAUAACUUGAUGGAUGCUGAAAUAAAACGUGAGGGGGCUUCUCUUCAGGAAAGAUUGCUUCUGCCAAGAAAAAGAAAGUCAACAAGAUUUUCAAUAGCCAAUGGUUUUCCUGAAAAUAAGGAAGGUUUGAUAAGUAGCUAUUGCAAGGAAUUUUCAUGUGAUGGUCAAAGUGUGGAAAAGUGUGCCAAUAAAUCUGGUAUUAUGAAAGUCACUGAAGCCUUGCAAUAUGGGAAGGUUAGCUCUGAAUCUGAGCAAAUUAAUGAUGGGCUUCCUGUGCAGUUUGAAGAUUUUUUUGUUCUUUCUUUGGGGCUAGUUGACACGAGACCUUCGUAUCAUGAUGCUAGUUUGAUCUUCCCUAUAGGUUAUAGGUCUUGCUGGCAUGAUAAGAUCACUGGGUCCUUUUUUGUAUGUGAAGUGUGUGAUGGUGGUGAUUCUGGACCUAUUUUCAAGGUCAGAAGGUGUUCUUGCUCUGCGUUGCCCCUUCCGAUUGGGUCAACUGUCCUCUUUUGGCCUCAUAUUGACCAAACUUUUUGUCAUAAUAAGGAAGAAGGUGAUGCUAUGUGUUAUGAUAACAAGGAGUUUGAUGAUGAUGGCUGUAUUCAGAUGAUCCUUUCAGACCCUUGCACACCUAUGGAAAGUGAUAUCUUGACUUGUCUAGGUAGUAGUUUGAAGGAAACUUGCGGUGUUCAGAACUUUGACAGAUCACAACUUGAAGCAGGUUCCGUUUGUGACAAAUCUGGAGAUCUAUUGAUGGAAGAAAUUGGUGAAAUUUCAGUGGAAGAGCGAUCGUCAUCUGCAGCAUGGAAAACAAUGUCUCAGAAAUUUAUUGAUGCCUGCUCUGAGAUAUGUAGAAGAAAAGGUUCUUUGAAGUUUUCCUGCAAGCAUGUGGGAAAGGAAAUGGAGUUAUCAAGCUGGGAUAUGAUGGAUGAAAAGACCAAAGAGACCUAUGCUCCAUUAGUUAAAUUUUGCGGCUUCCCCAUCUCUUUCUCCAUCCCUUUUGAGCACCAGGCUGAUGAGCUGGAGACUUUGGCUGAUGAACUGACAAAAUGGCUGGGACAGGAUAGAUUUGGGCUGGAUGCUGAAUUUGUACAAGAAAUCAUUGAAGAGCUUCCUGGUAUUGAGGCCUGUUCACGAUAUGAAUCUCUGAAGAACAGAAGUUCCUAUUUAGGAUCCUUAACUAUCAGAAACGGUCUCCUGAAGAUUAAGACACAAGGUGGUCUUGAAUGCAAGGGAGAAAAAGGAUUAUAUGGUUUAUUUGGAAAGUCCAAAAUGCUCAGGUUGGUCGAUGACCGUGGUCCUCCUGCAGGGAAGCCAUUGUGCUCGAGACUUCCUGUUGAACUUGUUGGUGACUUUUAUCAGGUAUGGGAGUUGUUGUGGCGCUUCCACGAAGUCAUGGGGUUGAAAGAACCUCUUUUAGCAAAUGAACUUGAAGAGGAGCUUAACAAUCCCUGGUCUAAUCACUCAAAUUUGUUUCGUAAAUUUGAUGGUGAAAGCCAGGGAUCUGAUGUCCUGAGUUUAUCUAGAAUUGAUGGUAUGGGUGAACAAAAUGUGUCCCCAAGUGAUGAAUCUUGUAUGGCAACUUCGACCAAAAAUCCACAUUCAUUUCUACAGAUGGAAACAGGAGAAAUGAUGGAAGCUGACCAGGCUAGGCUUGCAUCUCUUAGUUACAGAAGAUGCUUUGGUGUGACUUUGACCAAAACUCACAGCUCACUUCUAGGGGUGCUAAUAAGUGAGCUGCAAUCAAAGGUUGCUGCACUUGUUGAUCCAAAUUUUGAUUCUGGCGAGUCAAGAUCUAAAAGGGGAAGGAAGAAAGAUGUAGAUGGUACAGCUCCUGGUAAAAGAGUUAAGCUCAGUGUGCUCCCAGUUAAUGAGUUGACCUGGCCUGAAUUAGCUAGAAGAUAUGUGUUGGCUGUCUUAUCCAUGGAUGGUAAUCUUGACUCAGCAGAGAUCACUGCUCGUGAAAGUGGUAAAGUCUUCCGUUGCUUACAAGGUGAUGGUGGGGUGCUUUGUGGUUCACUUACUGGGGUGGCUGGGAUGGAAGCAGAUGCCCUUUUGCUUGCAGAGGCUACAAAGCGUAUAUUUGGUUCUUUGAACAUAAAAAGUGAUGUUCUGACUGUAGAAGAUGAAGGGCCUGAUGACAAUGUUGCUUGUGAAAAGAAUGUUGUGAAUGAUGGUGAUAUUCCAGAGUGGGCAAAGUUGCUGGAACCUGUUAGAAAGCUGCCAACAAAUGUUGGAACCAGAAUCAGAAGGUGUGUUUAUGAUGCUUUGGCAAAAGAUCCUCCAGAGUGGGCGAAGAAAAUAUUGGAACAUUCAAUCAGUAAGGAAGUUUAUAAGGGCAAUGCAUCGGGACCAACAAAGAAAGCUGUUCUUUCAGUGCUAGCAGAUGUUCGCAAUGAAUGUUUGGCACAAAAAUCUGAGAAGGGAAGAAGUAAAAGGAAGACUGUCUUAUCUGUAUCUGAUAUUAUCAUGAAAGAAUGUCGGAUCAUAUUACGUCGUGCUGCUGCUGCUGAUGAUUCGAAGAUUUUCUGCAACUUGCUGGGGAGAAAGCUAAUGAAUUCUAGUGAUAAUGAUGACGAGGGACUGCUUGGAUCUCCUGCCAUGGUAUCUCGUCCUCUGGAUUUUAGGACUAUUGAUUUGAGAUUGGCAGUUGGGGCCUAUGGUGGAUCACACGAAGCUUUUCUCAAGGAUGUUCGUGAGUUAUGGAGUAAUGUUCGUACUGCCUAUACUGAUCAGCCUGAUUUGGUUGAAUUGGCGGAGUCAUUAUCCCAAAACUUUGAGUCCUUGUAUGAACAGGAGGUACUUACCCUAGUUCAGAAAUUGGCGGAAUAUGCUAAAUUGGAAUGCUUGAAUGCAGAGACAAAAAAGGAAAUAAAUGAUUUACUUGCUUCGACAAGUGAGAUCCCCAAAGCGCCUUGGGAUGAGGGAGUCUGCAAAGUAUGUGGUAUUGAUAAAGAUGAUGAUAGUGUUCUUUUGUGUGAUACUUGUGAUGCUGAGUAUCAUACUUAUUGCUUGAACCCUCCAUUGGCAAGGAUCCCUGAGGGGAACUGGUAUUGCCCUUCUUGUGUUCUCAGCAAACGUAUGGUUCAAGAUGCAUCAGAACAUUCACAAGUCAUCAUCCGACGGAGAGAUAAAAAGUAUCAGGGAGAGGUUACCCGUGGUUACUUGGAAGCACUUGCACAUUUAGGAGCUGUAUUGGAAGAAAAAGAGUAUUGGCAAUUUAGCAUAGAUGAGAGAAUCUUCUUGCUCAAGUUUUUAUGUGAUGAAUUGCUUAACUCAGCUCUCAUCCGUCAACAUCUUGAACAGUGUGCUGAAACAUCUGAGUUACAUCAGAAAUUACGUUCUGCCUAUGUAGAAUGGAAAAACCUAAAAUCUAGGGAAGACUUUGUGGCUGCAAAAGCUGCAAAGAUUGACACAAGUAUGAGUAACGCUGUUGGAGAUGUUGGCGUAAAGGAUGGUGAUGAUUGGCUUCCAUCAGAUGGUGGGAAAGAGGGUGCUGACCUUAAUGGUUCAAAUAAAUAUGCAUCUGCUACUUAUACAGAGAAAAAUUUUACCGCUAAUGGCCAAACUUUGAAUCCCAUGGAUACUGAGGCUCAGUUAAAGGGUGAUCAGGCCAUUGUGGAUGCCAGCAAAGUAUCUUCUCAAAAAAGUGAUAAAUCCUUUAGGCCAAGUGAGUUGCUCGUACCAAAUCAUUUGUCCCAAGAAAUUGAGAACUCAAGCAAAGAAACCAGUUUCCAGGGUAAAUUGGAAGAGUCUAAGGGAAUGGAUGUGGCUUCUCCACCUUCUCCUUCAGAUUGUAAUGGACAGUUUCCGCCAUCUGAUGCAGCUAAGCAAGUGCCUUCUGUUACUGAGAACGAGUCACAAUCUCAUCACCUUGAGUUGAACACCAUCAAGAAUGACAUCCAACGUCUGCAGGACUUAAUUACCAGCUUAGAAUCACAGCUUUUGAAGCUAUCUGUACGGAAGGAGUUUUUGGGAAGUGAUUCUGCUGGCCGGCUGUACUGGAUUUCAGCCAUGCCAGGUGGAUAUCCUCAGGUUAUCGUUGAUGGAAGUUUGGUGUUGCAGAAGAAAAGAAAAUUUUUGGGCUAUGAGGAGCGAGUGCAGAACACUUUUAUCUGGAAUUCUGCUUCUGCUGGCACAGAUAAUGGUAUGAAGGCAGAGGGGUCCAAGGCUUCCUGUCCGUUUCUGUACAAUUCCAAAGAUGCUAUUUCAGUUGGUUCACCAUGGGUUACAUAUCAAACAGAGGCAGAAAUUGAGGGACUCAUUGAUUGGUUGAAUGAUAAUGAACCAAAAGAAAAAGAGCUGAAAGAGGCUAUUUUGCAGAAGCUAAAGUUCCAGGAUUACCAAAAAAUGAAAAACCAAGAUCAGGAUGAGUGCCAAACUGCUUUUUCAAUGUCCAGUGGUUCUGAUAAAGGUUCAUUUUCGAGUUUUCUUGGUACUAAGGCAGCAAUGUUACUGGAGAAGAAAUAUGGUCCCUGCUUCAAGUCAGAAAUAACUGAUUCUUUGAAGAAGAGAGGAAAAAAGGCGAGGGUGAUUAAUGGAGAUAAAAUGUGUAGGUGUAAAUGCUUAGAGCCCAUUUGGCCCUCCAGAAAUCAUUGCAUCUCUUGCCACAAGACAUUUUUUAGUGAUGUCGAAUUUGAGGAUCAUAAUGAUGGUAAGUGCAAUCUGGGUUCACCAUUAAAUGAGAAGAGCACGUCAGUUGGUGAUUCUUUAAAAGGAAAGGGGAAUAUGAAUAUUGAUAUUAAUCGGGUAGAUUGCACUGUUGACAUGGAAAUUGUUGAAACUUCUAAAAGUGGGCAUUCCGAGUUGAGCUCAAGGUUGAUUAAGUUUCAAAAUGAAGGGGUAGUUUGUCCAUAUAACUUUGAAGAGAUCAGUACCAAAUUUGUGACAAGAGAUUCUAAUGAAGAAUUAGUGCGGGAAAUAGGUCUUAUUGGUUCAAAUGGGGUACCAUCGUUUGUCUCAUCUGUUAGUCAUUUUGUUAGUGACUCUACACUAAUGACCGUUCGUCCUCACCAAGAAAGAGGAGAUUUAGGGGAUAAGUUGAAGGCUACUGAGAUGCCUGGUUUUUCACAAGGAAACAGGAGUGUGGCUAAUGGAAUCAAUGAACGCUUAUCAGACAAUUCUUUCAGAAGAUCUGUGGCAAGUGAGAUUGAAGUGCAAAGGACCAUAAGACCAGCUUUGAGAUGUUUGGAGCAAAGGGAUAGAAUAUCCUCUGCAGAUAAGUAUUCUCCUGAACUGGGUAUUGGUCGCUGCUGUGUAGUCCCUCAAUCUUCAUUAAGGCCCUUAGUCGGUAAAGUUUCACAGAUUUCAAGGCAACUGAAGAUUAAUUUACUUGAUAUGGAUGCUGCACUCUCUGAAGAAGCUUUGAGACCAUCAAAGGCAUGUAUGGAAAGGAGAUGGGCCUGGCGUUCAUUUGUUAAAUCUGCAGAAACAAUAUACGAGAUGGUCCAAGCAACAAUUGUAUUGGAGGACAUGAUUAAGACUGAGUACUUGAGGAAUGAAUGGUGGUAUUGGUCAUCGCUAUCUGCUGCUGUGAAAAUUUCCACUGUGUCUUCUCUUGCCCUACGUAUAUACUCCCUUGAUUCAGCUAUUAUUUAUGAAAAAUCAUUUGAGUUCCAUUCAAUUGACAAUUUGAAGCCCAGCAGCAUACCAGACCCUAAGCUGCUCCCCAACUUGGACCUGGCAGAGAAGUGCAAGGUGAGCAGGAAGACUAGCAAGAAAAGGAAGGAACCAGAGGGUUGAUCUCUGUCAACUAGGAUUUUCAAAUCUGAGAGGAUCUUAUUUCAAUGAAAAUUGAUCCCUGUAGCAAGGGAAGCUGGUGGCAGGAAUGUGUCACAGGAAUAUCAGAGGGUCCUAGACUCAGAACUAAAAUGUUGGGUUUGCUGGUUCAGGUUGGCCCUGACUGUUUGGACCUAGAGUUCUGCUGCCAUUGCCUCGUGUAUAUAUUGAUAAGGCUAACAUGCUAACUUGGAUGCUUUGAUUCAGAAUUCAUAGAAGUGCCAAUGGUGUUGGAAGCACCAGGAUGAUAACUAAGAAUGCAUCCAAUUUUGGACUGAUUUCUGCUGUAUCUUUUGGAUUUACUUUCUUGGGAAGCAGAAGGGUUUUUGCCACAAAGAGCAAGAUUUAUAUACAUAUACAACAUGAAUUAAUGUAAAAGGAAAAAGGAAAAAAAAAAAAAUGAAAACUGAUCAGUGUUGAAGUUGAGCAGGUGUAGGCAAUAUUUCAUUCUUUAUACAUCUCUCUUUGUUUCUUUC